CUAGGAUUGCAGACUACUUUGACUAUAUUGCAGGGACAAGCCACGAGGCCUAAUAACAGCCAUGCUUACCACACCAAAUGAAAACAACCGGCCUAUAUUUUCUGCUAAAGAAAUUAUUGACUUCUAUCUUCAAAAGAGUUAUCUCAUAUUUCCCCAUGAAUCAGAAGUUGGACGCAUCAGUGUCCCAGCGUAAGUCAAAGAGAACCAUACGGUUUAUAACAUAAAAACCAAUCUAGUUAUUUACUGGUUCGAAGAAAACUUAAGAAAAAUAAGUUGACUUUAUAUAAACCUUGGCAGGACCAUCUCAUGGUAUGACCCACUAGUAGAUUGGAUCAAACCAGUAUGGAAUAGUUUCGAAAAAGAAGUACUUCGUCCCCAAUACGAUGGUGAUUCUCUGCAUAACUUGAUCAAAAAUUCAGUUAAAGACAAAAGGCUUCAUGAGACCCUAACCAAUGUGAUAAUUCCAACUUUUGAUAUCAAGAAUCUUCAGCCUGUCACCUUCUCCACUUUAAAGGUCCUUUUUCUGUCCACUUUGUAUAUAACUAUUUCAGUACCAUAAUGUUCCAAAGAAUUGUUAAUUGGAGAACAUUUGAAUAACUGUAGGCUAAACGUGAUGAAUCAGAAGAUGCUUUGCAGUCAGAUAUCUGUAUUGGAACAUCUGCAGCUCCUUACUACCUUCCUGCAUAUUAUUUUGAAAACAACUCAUCAAAAAUAAGUAAGAGCUUCAACCUCAUUGAUGGUGGUGUUGCAGCCAAUAAUCCUGUACUCUUUCAACUCUAAUAUAAAAUUUUCAGUCAUUGAUGCAAUUUCCUAGAUUGACAUAAUUAUAAUCAUGUUACCUGAUUUAUCUUACUUUGUUUUAACUUUCCAAAACUUCCAGACUUUAUUAGCAAUUUGUGAGGUGAUGAGGGAUAUGUCCCAAAAAAGCAAUUCUUCAUGCUUGAAGUCCAUUGGCUAUAGUAGGUUUCUUAUCCUAUCCCUCGUACUGGAUCGUCUAAAAGGGAUGCAAAGUUGGAGGUUGGAGAUCCAAAAAGUUGGGGACUCUACAAUUGGUUCAUGGGGCCAGGUGGUACUACGAUGGAUGUUUUUACCACUGCAAUGGAUGAUAUGGUUGACAUCUACAUGUCCAUUUUCCAUAUCCUCUGUGGCUUCAUGGACAACUAUCUUCGUAUCCAGGAUGAUAGCCUGAAAUAUACCGAGGCCUCAACAGACAACUCAAAGGUAGGAAACCUAAAGAACCUUAAGAGGAUCGGUAAUGAGCUACCGAAAAAACCUGCUUCAGCUGUGAACUUUGAAACUGGUUUAUAUGAACCAAUUCAAGGCAAAGGAACGAAUGAAGAAGCGCUCAUCAAGUUUGCCAAAAGAUUAUAGGAUGAAAAGAAGAAGCGCACUGCCUAGAUUGUCUCCAUAGAUGAUAUGAUGUUUGAUUCAAAUAAUGUUUGCUUCUAGCUACUGCCUGCUCUUCACCAGAGUAUAUGUAUAAAUAAGUACUGGUUAUGGAAGAUGAAUGUAGACAUCGUAUUAGAAAUUAUAUGACAAUAAAACAUGGUAUUUUGUAACCAGUAUAUGUGAAUAAAUAAAUACUGGUAU